AUGGUGGCCGCAAAGAAAACGGUGAGUGGACUCGGCCCUGAGCGCACGCGCUGCUACAGGCAGGCUGCUGCUUCACGUGGAGACGUGUAGCUGUCACGGCCUGUUAGCUCGCAGUUUAGCGCCGUGUGUGAAAGAGUUAUAAGAGCUCUGAUUGAACACUUUGACUGGAUUUAGACGGCUGGAUAUGUGUAAAACAUGCACCUACUUUAUUCGCUGUAGUCGGUCCAUCUGUUAGUCGGUUGUCGUCUCGUGCAUGGACACUGAACCCACCCGGCUACCUUACUGAUGCUAAAUCAAACCAUCUGAUGUUGUAUCUAAAAUAACACUAGCUUGAAAAUGAUUAUCUUUACUCUUAAAUCCUUAUAAAGAUAACUCACUUGUAGGAAGGAUAGAGUAAAGUGGUUUAAGUUGUCUGCGACUGUCACUAACUUUGGAUCUGUGUGUGUGUUGGUUCAGAAAAAGUCCAUGGAGUCCAUCAACUCCCGUCUCCAGCUGGUGAUGAAGAGUGGGAAAUACGUCCUGGGCUACAAACAGUCCCAGAAGAUGAUCCGUCAGGGAAAAGCCAAGUUGGUUAUCCUAGCCAACAACUGCCCUGCCCUCAGGUACAUGUAGACAAAGACAACCAUUCGGUCAGUCAUUCAUGUAUAAUAGAGAAAGACCAAGGUAAUCCGUAUUUAUAUGAAAAGGAUAUUCUGGUGUAAAAUUAAUUUAGGGUCAAAAGCACUAACACAGAGUUAAGACACCCCCUUGAGAGAUGAAUAUUGCUGACCGCUUGCUUCUCUAGUUAUACCAACUUUAGUAACGACCGCACGAUAGCAAUACACAGCAGUCUGAGGAGCCAUAAACAGACCUCAAUCGAAACGCCACUCUAUAGCUACAAAUAAUGCUCAGAACAGCACUUAACUUCAUCAACAGUACAUAUCGGGUCCCAGUCAUAGCACUAGCCACCAAACAGAUUUUUAUUUUUUCCGAAUUUCUUUAGCAGAGAGAUUAAACACAACUCACCCACUCUCGUAAUCGUCUCAAUCUCAGUCCCUCACAAAUGUCCCAGCCGUCUGAUAUCAGGAGACGGCCUUGGAGAGUCCUGAUCCAGAAACAAAGUUUACCAGAGGGAGGGGGAGGAUAUGUUCUUCUUUUAGUGUUUUUAUCAAAUUACACGGAGAUGAUUGAAAUGUGUAUCAAUACAGAUCACAGGAAACAAAGGUGACAUACUAUAAAUAGACAUCAUUGCUUUGAGAUUUUAGAUCAGCAUGACUUGUAGACAUCUUAAUGUGUAUGUUUUUUUUUUUUUUUUUAAUCAUUAAUUGGGUUAUUUCCAGAAUCAGAAAAACUUUAAAAAUCCCCAGGGGGAAAUUUGCUUUUCAUUAAAGUAACUGUAGUGCAAAUAAAGUAGAAGAGGAGAAAAAGAAUAAAUAAAAUAAGUAAAAAUCAAGAGAUAAUACACAAGUGUGUACAUGAUAUACAACACAAAAUAGUAAAAUGUGCAUAAUAGUAUUUUGUUAGUUUGUGAGGAUAACUAGGCAAAAAAAGCUACUGGCCCAAUUUGUUGUAAAACUUAAGAAACCCAUAGUACUAUUAGUUACAGAAAUGAACUUACUGAGCGGAUCAGACACCCCAUAGCAGCCGAUAUCUUCCUUCUAAAUAAGCCUUCUUUUCUCUGAUCAUCUCAUUGCUCUGUAAGUGCCCAAACAUUUAAAGUAGUUGGGCUUUUAAAGUCUGCAGGAUAAUAGCAGAGUUCAAGUUUAUUAUUAUUAUUCUAAGUUUAUUAAUUUUCCAUUUUGUCUAAUCUUUCUCUUUGUCACUGUCCUGUCCAGGAAAUCUGAGAUUGAGUACUACGCCAUGCUGGCCAAGACUGGUGUCCACCACUACAGUGGAAACAACAUUGAGCUCGGCACAGCCUGCGGAAAGUACUACAGGGUGUGCACACUGGCCAUCAUUGACCCCGGUGGGUACCUAAUGUUUGAUUUGACACCAUCAAUGUGCUGAAAUUGAAUGCCAAGCUUUUUCCUUUAUAUCUGUUUGUUCUUUGGCUCAUGAGCACCAGCACUUAUCUUAUGAUUGAGGGGGCCCAAAGAGGAAUAAGAGGUUUCAUAUACAAGCUUGUGUCGGUAUGCUCUGUGUAAAAUAGAACAGCGAAAAGCCAAUUUAACCACACAGUUUAUAAACCACAACAAUAUGAUUCAAGAGGAGAGCAUUUACAUCCACCCUCCUCCUGCUCCUAGACAUUAAGGUAAUCGAGCAUCAAGACCCUUGCGAUUCAUCACAUUGAAAAUAUAAGAUGUGUGUAAUACAGUGGUGUAAUUCUUCAGCAUUUAUCAAGGAUUUUGGACCAGCUGAGGUUACCCAUGUGAAUCACAAAUUUUAAAAGGAGAUGAUAAACUUUUUGUGAAGAGAAAAUCUAAGCACAUGCAGGCUGAGAUGUGGGAACUGUACUAGUAAAAACAAGUAUGCAUGGUCAUACUUGUGAUGAACUCAGCCUGAUGUAUAUUUAUGGUUGUGCAUGUUCCAUCUUUUUUUUUUUUUACCACUAGGCCUUAAACUUAGUGAAAACAUCCUCAAUCAGAAAAUAAUAAAUUUGAAUUAACAGUCACUUUUCUGCUGAUUGGAGGAAUCUGCUGCUGCUGCAUAGUCAAACUAUAAAGCAAAAGAUCAUUUUUGUUGCAUGAACUGUACGUUUUUUUCAGUACAUCCUUUGUAGCAUCCACCAGGGUCUCGUUUCAUGUACUUUUUAUGAUACAUUUCUUGGACAAGUACUUUUUUUUCAAUGAUUUGCUCUUUAAUCCCUGCUACAACACAGUUAAACUAUCUGAAAUGAUCCUCUUAAAAAAUCUCUCUCAUUAAAUGCAGCUAAAUUUAUCGUUAAAAUUACUCAAAACCUCUGCUUAUUUCCUGAUGUUUUGAUGGUUUGUUGUAAAUUCUGCUGCUUGGUUUCUUCUGUGCGAAUUUUUGCGCCUGUUGGACCGGCUCAAAGUGGUCCAUGUCAGGACUAGUGGUUCGCAACAUAAAAGCCUUUUGGAGCUCUCAGAUGACCUACCAGUUCUUUCUGGAAGGUCUAUGAAUGCUCCAUUGGUAACAUUCACCUUCUUAAUGUUGACUUGCUUCAUCAUUUAUUGGAGUCACUUUAAAAUAAUCUCUCUUCUCUGAAAUAUGAUGGAGUGUAUUCUGAUGGUCUGACUGUUCUUUCUCCUCAGGCGAUUCUGACAUCAUCAGGAGCAUGCCAGAUCAGCAGCAGCCACCUCAGUAG